GUACAGCGCGACAACCGCCGCUGUAUAUACCACCCCGUAUAGUAUUCCCUCUCCUAACUUCCCACCACUCAUAACCCAUUUUCGGAUUCUAACCGCCAUAGCCCAUAGCCUCUAACCAUUUUUGCCGGGGCUCCGUCCACUUUUCAUUUCCACAAUGGACGUCCGCCGCCGUCCCAGCAAGCCACUUAACCAGCCCAAGCAUUCAGACGGCGGUGAACGGCAAAAGCUCCAUAAACAGCCGCAGCAGUAUCUCAUAGUUCCCUCCCAGAAAGCCUCGGAUGCCCUUCCCCUGCCUUUAUAUUUGAUCAAUGGGCUGUUCUUCACCAUGUUCUUCACUGUGAUGUAUUUCCUCCUUGUCCGGUGGAGGGAGAAGAUCCGUAACUCCACCCCUCUCCACGUCGUCACCGUCUCGGAGUUGGCCGCUUUGGCUUCGUUGGCCGCCUCGGUGAUUUACCUUCUCGGAUUCUUUGGAAUAGGGUUUGUGCAAUCUUUUAUCUACAGGGCGAACCAGGACGUUUGGGGCCUUGAAGGCGAGACCAAUGAGCAAUACAUAAGAUUGGAGGGUGACAGCCGCGGCGCGCCUUUCGACUCCGCAACCACUCGCAGGUGCCCUGUUCCUCCACCACCUACUCGACAAAAUGUCUCAAAGGUUUUGGAGAAACCAGCUCCUAUAAUCACACCGGCAGAAUCAGAGGAGGAUGAAGCGAUCAUAAUGUCCGUCGUGGAGGGGAGAACUCCAUCAUAUUUGUUGGAAUCGAAGCUUGGGGAUUGUAAGCGCGCGGCUUCAAUUCGCCGUGAGGCUUUGCAGAGGAUCACUGGGAAGUCACUGGAUGGACUCCCAUUGGAAGGGCUGGAUUACGAAUCAAUUCUCGGGCAGUGCUGUGAGAUGCCCGUUGGGUACGUGCAAAUACCAGUGGGAGUUGCGGGCCCACUGCUGCUCGAUGGGAGCGAGUACUCUGUGCCUAUGGCCACCACCGAAGGCUGUUUGGUGGCUAGCACUAACAGAGGUUGCAAGGCCAUCUUUGCUUCCGGUGGAGCUUCCAGCGUGGUUCUCAGAGACGGAAUGACCAGAGCUCCGGUGGUGAGGUUCGGCACCGCCAUGAGGGCCGCUGAGCUGAAGUUCUUUGUUGAGGAUCCCCUGAAUUAUGAGACUCUUGCCGUUAUCUUUAACAAAUCAAGCAGAUUUGCCAAAUUACAAAGCAUUCGAUGUGCAAUAGCAGGAAAAAAUCUGUACAUGAGAUUCAGCUGUGGUACUGGUGAUGCCAUGGGGAUGAACAUGGUCUCCAAGGGUGUGCAAAAUGUUCUUGAUUUCCUUCGAAGUGAAUUCCCUGACAUGGAUGUCCUAGGAAUUUCUGGGAACUUUUGCUCUGACAAGAAGCCCGCUGCGGUGAACUGGAUUGAGGGGAGAGGCAAAUCAGUUGUUUGUGAAGCAAUAAUCACCGAAGAGGUGGUAAAGAAGGUCUUGAAGACAGAAGUUGCGUCUCUUGUUGAGCUGAACAUUCUAAAAAACCUCACUGGCUCCGCCAUGGCCGGUGCCCUUGGCGGUUUUAAUGCUCAUGCCAGCAAUAUUGUGUCAGCUGUGUUCAUAGCCACCGGUCAGGACCCGGCUCAAAACGUGGAGAGUUCUCAGUGCAUCACUAUGAUGGAGGCUGUGAAUGGCGGCAAGGACCUUCAUAUCUCUGUAACCAUGCCGUCCAUUGAGGUGGGUACAGUUGGGGGUGGAACUCAGCUGGCAUCCCAGUCAGCAUGCUUGAACUUACUAGGAGUGAAGGGUGCUAACCAAGACUGCCCAGGAGCAAAUGCCAGGCUCUUGGCCACCAUUGUAGCAGGUGCAGUUCUUGCAGGAGAGCUAUCACUGAUGUCUGCCAUCUCAGCAGGGCAGCUCGUCAAGAGUCACAUGAAAUACAACCGAUCUAACAAAAACGUUACCACAUUGGUAUCCACCCCUUAGUAUGAUUAUAAUAAUGGAGGCAUAGCCCCCACGUCCCCUCCAUGCUCUCUCACUCUCUCUUGAUACCCAUCCUCUGCAACUGAUUAAAAUAAUGACAGUACUAGUAGUUACUAGUAAUUAUUUUGCGGAGGAAUUUAGCGAUAAGAAAGAGUGGUGGCCAAAGGCAUUCCAUGUGGAAGCCAUGCUAGCUGUGUUCAUUGAACGUACGUAGCCACGUGAGUAUUUUUUUUUUCUUUCUUAAAUUAGUUUGUUGUGUAAAAAAGUACUCCUUACGUAACAUAAGUAGAAGUUAUUUGGGCUGACGGUUCAAAAUGCAGUACGAAUGGCUAAUAUUAAUGAAAGUUGCCUUAAAUAAGAGCAUAAAAUCUUGUAAAUUCAAAAUUUGGAGUACUAUAUUCUUUUCUCCGUGCUUG